AAAAAUUACCGAUGGCCGACAGCACUUUAAAUUUAGAGGAUUAUAUCAGGCCGAGUACGCCGUUUCAUAUCGUGGCCGGAGACAAAGCCGAUGGUUUGGACGGUGAUGGAAAAAUUAGUACAGAAGACACAAUAAUACGCAUAAACCAACAACUAAAUGCAAAUGGGUAUCCUUCUCCUUUGAACUUUUUUGACGAGGAAAUGAAUGAUCAACAUAGGAGACUACAAAGCGAUCAUGACUUACUUCUAACAAGCAUGAAAAACUUAAGAGCAAGAACAGAAUUAAGUGAACGAGAAGUAGAUGCACUAAGAGCGAAAUUACUAUGGAUGGAAGAAGACUUGAGUAAAGAGUCCGAAAGACAUCGAUCAACAAAGGAUGAACUGACCAAAACAAAAACUCAAUUGAUUUAUACUAAGACACAAGCUUCGCAUGAGAUUAGGAAGAAAGAAAAUGAAUAUAAUAGGUUUAAAGAACAGAUGCAAAAAUUACUAAGCUCAAAAUACAACGCAGCAAACUGUGGUCCGGAUGAAGUAAAUCCUCCUCGAAAGUCAACAAUGCGACGUACAAAUGAUGUUCUAUCUAAUGCGCAGGUGAAUGCCGGAAGUUUGAAUUAUGGAAGAUCUAAUAGAGAAAUGGUUGCCAACUUGCAGGAAAGGAACGAAGAAAUACGAAGACAAGAAUUAGAAAUCGAGUCGCUUAGGAACAAGCUUGAGGAGGCAUCAAACUUGUUGGAUAGAGUGCAACAAUCCAAAGAACAACUCGCGAGUCGACACGAUGAAACGUCAAGUCUUAUAAGACAGAAGGAUUGUGAAAUUAAGCAGUUUACUAGUAAACUUGAUGAAUCAUUAAGCCUUAUAAGGCAGAAGGAUUGUGAGAUUAAGCAGCUUAUCAACAAAAUUGAUGAAUCAUCAAGCCUUAUAAGGCAGAAAGAUUGCGAAACCAAGCAACUUACCAAUAAACUUGAUGAAACGUCAAGUCUUUUAGAUAAAGUACAGCACUCGAGGGAUGAGGAAACAAGAAAGAGAGAUUACAAAAUAGAAAAACUUACGAGCAAACUUGAGGAGGUAUCAAAUGUGCUGAAUGAAAUGAGACAGUUGAAGGACGAAGAGAUAAGAAGAAAAGAUUGCGAGAUCGAGCAGCUUAUCAACAAAAUUGAUGAAUCAUCAAGCCUUAUAAGGCAGAAAGAUUGCGAAACCAAGCAACUUACCAAUAAACUUGAUGAAACGUCAAGUCUUUUAGAUAAAGUACAGCACUUGAAGGAUGAGGAAACAAGAAAGAGAGAUUACAAAAUAGAAAAACUUACGAACAAACUUGAGGAGGCAUCAAAUGUGCUGAAUGAAAUGAGACAGUUAAAGGACGAAGAGAUAAGAAGAAAAGAUUGCGAGAUCGAGCAGCUUGUGAAUCGACUUGAGGAAGCAUCGAACCUGCUGGCUAAAAUGCAGCAGGUGAAGGAAAAACAAUUAAAAAAGAAAGAGUUCGAAAUUGUACAACUUGUGCAUCGACUUG